AGCUCACAUCGUAGUUGUACCUCAAUCAAAAAGGGAGUGAUAUGUAGGGCUAUAUUGCGGUUUUCCUCUUAAUAUGCCGUGCUUUCGUCAUAAUGUUUGGUUGCUGUGCAACCGUUAUUAACAAUGCCCCGUCACUACGCGACCAUUACAUUGAUGUCAUUUGUGAACAUUCCAGCACUUUUUGCCUUUAGUAGCACUAAUUCUAUGGCAGUUGUACAGUCGAGGCAGCGCGUCAGACGUACGGCUACUAAAGGGAAAGUUUGCUUAAAAGGCAACGGCGUGGACAGUGCAGCAGUGAAUGAAAUCUGACUCUGCUCAGCAGCCUCGUGCUCUUUACCUCCCCCCUCUUGCUCUAUACCUCCUCUCCCCUACUCUCUCUCUCCUCUCUCGCGACCCCCCCCCUUCUCUUUUACACAUUGUAAGUACGGAGGGGCACUGAGUGACAGACGGGCCCCCACAGUAGCUCUGUCUGUGGGCCAGGCUAAAGGCUUUAGAGGCGGAGAGCAGUCCCACACUCCGUCCUACUGUACAGUAAUGAGAUUGAAGUGCUCCGCUUUGUAAACAGGCUGAGCCUGGACGCACUUUUGUCGUAGACGGCGCCUCGUGUGUGUGUGUGCUCGUCUGAACGGAGAGGGUCACCACCGAUUUAGCUCGGACAGGCGCCGUUUCGAGCUAAUGACAUUAUUUUUGGCAAGAAGGAGGAAAAGAACUGCGCGCGCCUGUCCCGCUUUCUUACUCUCUCUCUCUCUCUCUCUCUCUCUCUCUCUCUCUCUCGCUCUCGCUCACACCAGCGACUUUUCUGACGGAAGAGCGAGAGAGAGAGAGAGAGAGAGAGAGAGGGGGGAGUAACGAGUAAGCCUCGCUCGCUCACUCGCUCUCAGCCGCUGGCGUGCCUGGGCUGAAACUUUGCGCUGGAGAGCAUGGAGUCGCAGGGCUGCGAGACUCCGAGCUGCGAGGACGUGCGGAAGAGCGGCUACCUCCGCAAGCACAAGUCCAUGCACCGGCGCUACUUCGUGCUGCGCGCGGCGUCCGAGCGCGGCCCCGCGCGCCUCGAGUACUACGAGAGCGAGAAGAAAUUCCGCGGCAAGGCGCCCGUGCCCAAGCGGGCCGUGGCGCUCGAGACGUGUCUCAACAUCAACAAGCGCGCCGACGCCAAGAACAAGCACCUGAUCGUGCUGUACACGCGCGCCGAGAGCUUCGCCGUUGCCGCCGAGAACGAAGCCGACCAGGACGAGUGGUUCCAGGCGAUGGUGGAGCUCCAGUGCAAAAGUAAAGCACUGUGUGAUGGUAAUGCUGGCGAUUAUGGAGUGCCAUCCCCUGGGCCCGCCUUUAAGGAAGUCUGGCAAGUUAAGGUUUGGCCCAAAGGACUAGGCCAGGCCAAAAACCUUGUUGGUAUCUACCGACUAUGCCUCACAGACAAAACGGUCAACUUUGUCAAGCUCAACUCAGAUGCUGCAGCUGUAGUACUACAGCUGAUGAAUGUGAGGCGUUGUGGCCACUCUGAGAACUUCUUUUUUGUAGAGGUUGGCAGAUCGGCAGUGACUGGUCCUGGAGAGUUCUGGAUGCAGGUGGAGGAUUCGGUCGUGGCACAGAACAUGCAUGAGACUCUACUUGAAGCCAUGAAAGCACUUAGCGAGGAGUUUCGCCAACGCAGUAAGUCUCAGUCUACUGCAGCAGGGGGAGGGGGAGGCACAACGGCAUCUAAUCCAAUCAGCGUUCCAUCUCGCCGCCAUCACCCAAACCCUCCACCCAGUCAGGUGGGUUUUAUCAGGCGACCCCGCACAGAGCCACCAGGAGGCACUGGAGGAGGGGGUGGAAGCAGCAAUAAUGCAUCACCUACACCUCGGCAUAGCUUUCCGAGAGCCCGCACUUCCAGCGAUGGAGGAAAAGUAGAGGAGGGAGUAAGUGCAGGGACAGGAGGUGUUGCUUCCAGUUCAAGUCCCACCACGAAUGGGUCUUGCUCCAGCACACCCAUCCUCAGAUCUACUUCUGUGCGUACCCCCACCCCUGUGAAGGCUCAGCAUGCUCUGAUGAGGUCUGUCUCCACCCCAGCUGCCCCUUCACCUGUCCAGAACCCAUCCUCUAGCUCAGGCCAUGAUUCUGAGUUUGGGGGAAUGGGAUCUGGGAUGACGGGAGAUGGUGGAAAUGGUGGCACUUACAGUCGAAUCUCUCUCCGCCAGCCCUCUGUUUCUGGUUCACUCAGUGACUAUGGUUCCUCAGAUGAAUAUGGUUCUAGUCCAGGAGAACACUCCCUGCUGACUCCAACCAUUCAGGCAGGGUCUUCAGGUAGCUCCGGUGGACAGUCACUUGGGGAUGAGGCAGCCAAUUACAUCCUUAUGGCACAGAGAGGGGCCUCCAAAUCACUGCCAACACAGAACUCUUUGCCUCCAACCAGAAGGGUCCUGCGACGCUCCUCUAGCCGGGAAUGUGAAGCUGAACGUAGGCUGAUGAGUAAAAGGGCAUCCCUGCCACCAAUGGCUCUGGAGAGACUUGCCCCACAUCGUAGAGGAGGAGACGUGGAGGUGGAGGAAGAUAACUAUGCAAUUAUGUCUCGAAGCACUAGCCGUAAGUCUUUCACCUCUCGUCAGGAUUCAGAAACAGCUGCUAGUGGAAGUGGAUAUAUAGAUGUAUCUACAGAGUCCAAGGGUGAAGCAAUUAGUGGUGGAUCGGCUCUUUCUGGGGGUGGUAAAGGAGCAGUUGACAAUGGGUACAUGUCCAUGUUGCCAGGUGUAACGGCUCCCCCAGUGUCCCUUUCUCACUCGCUAUCUGUAGCAGUGUCAGACUCUGAUUCUAAACCUGCUGAUGACUAUAUGGCCAUGACUCCCAACAAUAGUAUCUCACCUCCGCAGCAGAUUCGUCUGCCUGUUUCUGGCACAGACGGCUAUAUGAUGAUGUCGCCAAAUAGCAGCUGUUCCCCAGACCAGCGUGGGGUUCCAGCAGUCUGGGUUGGCAGCAACAGUGCAGACAGCAGGGCUGGCAGUGAUUAUAUGAACAUGUCACCUAUUAGUGCACAUUCUGCCAACAGCACGCCACCUCCUCAUGAGUCCCUCACGUCAUCUGACCAGCAUUCUCAGCAACCUCCACCCAAAAUGGUAUAUUCUUACUACUCUUUACCCCGCUCUUAUAAGCACAACACCCCAACGCACUUUGAAGAUAGACCAGGGAGAGGAAAGCGGCCAGGCAGUGGCACUGGAAAUGGAGAUGGUCAAAGUCUCGACAAUGGCAGAGGCUCUUCCCAGCGUCAAGAACAUGGAGUAGGACGGCACCUAUCUCUUUCCUCUUCGUCAUAUUCAUCCAGUUCAGCCAGCAGUGAGAGUUUGGGGGAGGGUGAGGAGAAGCUCACCCAGAUGACACGAGGCACAUCAGGGGCCAGAGUAAAGGACACAGGCGCCUUGCACCAAAAACGGGGAUGUGGGGUGGCUAAACAAGGGCAGGGCCAAAGAAGCCGGCCUCUUAGCCUAUUUGUGGAUGUUUCUAAAGCCAACACUUUGCCCAGGGUUCGAGAGACUCCACUGCCACCUGAGCCCAAAAGUCCUGGCGAAUAUGUUAGUAUUGAGUUUAAAAGUGAGAGAAGCAUCAAAGGAGGAAUCAGUGGACCUAGAGGACUAAGUCAAGGUGGAUCUGUUCCUUCCAGCUCAAAUCGUAUUUUGCCAAGGCCCACAUCUUGUGUUGCUGGUUUCUUACCACUUUCUUGCAGCCCUUCUACAGCUAUCCCCCCAUCCACUGCUUCUGAAUAUGUCAACAUGGAGCUGGGAGCCUCUCCCUCCCCUUCAUCCUCAUCCUUUUCCCUCACUCCACUUGGUUUCCCUUCUUUUCCCACUCCUCCGACCCCACCUGUGGCAGCACCCAAAGCUUGGGAUGAGCAGAGAUCAGUGCCUCAAAAUGAAGAAGAGCCUGAGGCAGAAAUGGGACACAGCAGACAUGUAUCAGUCUCUCAGUCAGGGGACUCACCUAUUGUGUGCGCAGACUACACCGAAAUGGCCUUUGGCCUAAGUUCAGGCACCAUCACCAACUCCACCCCACCUAAAGCCACCUUACCUGACAGAACAGAACCCAUAGUUUCCACCAUGGGCUUGGGUCUUAACUUAGACUUUCCACUGUCAAAAGGUCUCAAUCCAGAUCAUGGUGCCAAGGUAAUCCGGGCAGACCCUCAAGGUCGCCGCCGCCACUGUUCUGAAACAUUUCUGCCCCCUUCCUCAAUGUCCUCAUGCCCUGCAAGUUCUGCUUCCUCUAUUUCUGUGUUUAGUGAACACACUCAAGCUAUGGCACGCCGACUUGGUUUGGAUGGCAUGCUGUGGGGCAGUGGCACUUUGCUAGACAUCCCUGCUCAAUAUGCUAGUUCUGGCCUAAUUAGCCUUCCUACCACCCAGGCUUCAUCUGUAGAGCAAGGGCUCAACUACAUAGACUUAGACUUGGCCACCAAGGAGAGCCUACUCCCUGGAGUAGAUGUGCAGACUGCUUCCCAAACACCUACGUCACGACUCUUCUCAUCCGUUUUGGGUAGUGGAGUUGCUGGAGGUGCUGGAGGAACAGGAGUUACAAACAGCAGUACAUCAAACCUCAACACCUACGCUAGCAUUGACUUCUACAAGUCAGAAGAGCUAAGAUCCCACCAAGGCAGCAGCAGCAGCAAAGACGGUACAGAAUGCUGAUUGAUGUCUUGCCCUUAAACUCUGGAAUUCUGGGAACUGAAUCCUGGAGCUCUCCCGCACACUGGUGUGUGACCGCCAGAGCAAAAACAGGGAGAGGGAGGUGUGCAAGGUCCAACAUGCCUCUCAAGCACUUUCGAAAGAGACUGAUAAAAAAAGAGAAUUUCAUCUCUGUUUUUAGUUUGACUUGUUGCAGCAAUCAAUAGGAACAAGUGCCAAAAAAUUAAGGAGGGCAGGAAUUCUCUUGCCUGUUGCCCAGAUUGUUUUUCGUAACAAACAAGCACUGUAGCCGAUCAGAGGACAUGACGAAGGACGCCUGCCAACCUGGAGCCGCUGAGAUCUGACAGCGAGGUGCGCGAACAGUUUGGAGUUCAAUGCUCACAAAUGAAUUCAAACAGACAAUAGUUGAACUUGAAGUUCUCAGUUCUUGAAUAUAUUAUACAUAAUUUGAAACAAAAAAAAGUGCCUAUUGUUUUUGAUUGUAGUUAUCUGAAAGAAGACUCUGCUCUGAGGAACUGGCAUGAACAGAGAGAAGCUUUUAAUUCUUAAUAGUGCGGGAAUGGAGCUGAUGAAGAAGCAAGAUGUGGAAUGGUACUAUAGUGUGAACAGAUUGAAUGAUGAUGAUGUAAAAAUGACCCUCAAUUAGCCUGUGAUGUGCUUUGACAAUUAGCAUAGCAGCUUUAAUGUAAGCCUCAAUACUCUACAGCCUGCCCCACUACUGACUUUCCCUGUGCUCAUUCUGUCCUUUAGUUCUUUAUCCUGUCUCAAAUUCUUUUCUUCUCUUUUUUCUCAUGUCUCUGCCUCUCUGCCUGUCUUCAUCUCUCUCUCUCACUUCUUCUCAUGUCCUGUGAUUUAAAUGUUCCAGCUAUGCAGUAGUACUUCAGUGCCUAUCUUGCUCUCUGUGUCUCUCUCUCUCUAACUCUCUCUCUCUCUAAGUCUCUCUCUUGCUUGUUCUCUGCUCACACUAGCGUAAACGGUAGCCUGUAACAGAAUGGGCUAUUUUUAGCAGUACUCCUGAGGUGGGAUAUUUUUCUGUGAUGGUACCUGCUGUUACUUACCUCAUGCGGCAUGCAAGGACACUAGCUGACCCAACCCACAGUGGACUGUACCAGUUAUCUUUCAGGUGGGAAUUGGAAGGAUAGUAAAAAAUUUGCCUUUUUAUGCUGGUAUCAGACCAGAUUUUCUGUUUUUUUAAAUACUGGCAAAAUUUAAUAAUGUUGUUGAGAAAGCUGGUCUUCAUCAGCAUAAAAAGGGAAUAUUUACAGCAGCCAUAUUAUUUUACAUACUAAACAAACCAAUGCCAAAAUUACAAUGUGAGUACAACAAAUACUCCUAAUUCUGCUUUGGGGCCUCUUUCAUGAUUGAUUUGGUAACAUUUGAUUAAUUCUGCAACUUUCAUUCCCUAUCAUAAUACUCCCUUUUUGCUUUUAAUUGAUUCUGAAAAUCAUUUUCAGUUUUGGUGUAUUCAUAUGUAAGGAUGAAACUGUUUCUGCACCAUGACUCGCCUCUAAAAGACUUCAUAAUGGGACUGAGACAGAGAAGGAGAGGGGUACAUGGAUGUUAAAGCAGUUUAGAACAGGAGUGUGCAUUUAUAUACGUGUGUUGAUCUCAAAUACUUCUCUGUAAACUCUGUACUGUCCCAGGCAGCAUAGGCCUAUCCCUUGUUUGCCUGGAUACAGUGCAUAACAAAUAAGCUUUAUUGCAUCCAGAUUGAGCUCACCGCUUCAGCACAAUAAGAUCUACUACUUUGUAAUCCAGAGUUACAACAGGCAACCCCACAUGCCCUGUGAGGCCUCAGACGCAUUACAUUGUGCAGAUCACAGCCACACUGUGCAUACUGUACAGUGCACGACUCAUGCAUCAUACUGCUGCAGUACAGUAACCCAGCCACACCAGGACUUUUAAAUGGUAGGGCUGAAUUUUAUUUCAAAGGGCGACACGGUGGCGUGGUGGGUAGCGCUGUCACCUCACAGCAAGGAGGGCCUGGGUUCGAUUCCCCGCCCGGGUGAUCAGGGUCCUCUCUGGGUGGAGUUUGCAUGUUCUCCCCUCGUCUGCGUGGGUUUC